AAAAUUACUGCUCAUCUGUUUGCAAAUGUUCAACAGUCGGCAUCCUCCAAAACAAGAAAAUUCUCCCGCUGUUCUCUCAAACCCGGAAAAUCAAAUGUGUGAUACAACCAUGUCAACACGCAGCGAAAAUGAAAAUUCGAUUGUGGUCACACCAGACCAGAUAAUGCCACCUAUCAAGAGGUGCUUCGAAAGGCUCUCUGGGGUUCAGUGGAGCUUAAUAGAAAAUGGCGCAUGCGACUCGGGGACCCUAGCGGUGCUUGCUGAUAUGAUUUGUGAAAUCAUUCAGAUCGCCUCUAGCAGAAUCCUCAAAAUUGCCCUUCCUGUUACUCAGGAUUGCAUGACGAAGGAAGAUCCAGAGCCUUUAGAUGCGGGGAAAAUAAUCCCGUCCCUCGGAGACUCGAUCUCAGACGCCAUCGCCAGCUCUCUUAAUGUCCCGAAACAGCGACAUGAGAGCGCUGACGAGCUGACACGGAUGGUUGAGGAAGAGAUCUCCGAAAAGGUAAGCUCAACAGUCAAACUCAUUACAGAAAGCCCCGAUCUCCCGCAAGACCCCGCCGUUUAUGUUAGCGGGAAAUGUAGUAAUAUUAAAAAGCUGCACCGCAUGGUUUGUCACGCUGCCUCGUGCCUUAAAAGGUUUGUAGCACGUAAGAUGCGCUGCCGGUGCGUGUCAAGCGGGUCUGAUUCCGGUACAGAAAGUACGGAUUCAAAGAUAUCAGUGCAAUCAGCAAUCACAGAGAUUUCUGUGAUUCUGUCAUCAAGCAGCUCAGAUGGAGAGAUGACAGAAAAAGAUAAAGAUGAGGAAGAAACUGAGCUCCCAGACGAAUCAGCUCUAACAGAAGAAGACAAAAUAAAACCAGCUGCAGAGAGCCAAAGUAUCCGAGCUCCAACGCCAGUAGAAGUGGUUGCAGCUGACAUCGUAAAUGAGAUACUUGGGAACAUGAAUUCAAGCAGUGAAGAGCCCUGUGAGAGGUGUAGCUUACCCAAGCCUGCCUUUAAUGCAGGAUUAAUUAUCAACAAGGUGAGAGACCUUUUCUCCAGAUGUUUGCCAUCCACCUCACACUCAGGGCUCAAAGCACGCAAACACCGCUUUUCCAUGUUUGCGAAAAAACAGUUUGAAAAAAUGAAAAAAGAGCUGAGACAAGUAAUAAAGGCAAACAGGAAAUUUUUUGUUUGUCUAAAAAACAUUUUCAAGUUCCACAAGUAUGAAACAGUGCCAUCCGAUGAAAGUAGCCUCCCAGGGUCAGUCCCAGAAACUGGUCCCCAGAGUAAAGAGGCUCAUCGAGCCCCUUCCCGAAACACGCUGCUUCGUUACAUGCGUUCUUCUCCAGCCGACUUUGACGCCAUUAGGUCAGACGUUAACCAGCUGUUUGACAAAUUAACAAAGAAAGAAGAACUCUUCAUCAUCCAUAAAACAUUGGACAACUUCAGAAAUAGUGGGGCAACCAGAGAUUUUACCGUGGAGUUGACGGGAAAAGUAUUUGAUCUACUUAUGACGGAUCGACUGUAUCAAAUCCCCGAACCUCUAAUGGGUAGAUCCCUCUCAGAUACAGUCAUCUCCAGGACUCCACAACCAGCACAUGGCUCAAAGCGUCCCUUUUCUGCUGAAGUCCUCUAUGUCCUCGUAGAAGACGCAGUAGAAAAGUUUUUACAAAAGCUUUUACUCUGGGUGGAGAACGAAGACCAAGAUCAAAUGAUUGAGGACAAGGUUUCUGUGGUGGUGGAAGACAUUCAGAACUUUAUUAAAAGAACAAGGACACCGACAAAGGAAACAAGCACAGAGUCAGAUGGCAGUGGAAGAGAAUCUGUUCCAUCACCUGUAACACCAAAACCUGAGAGCAUUUCCCCAGAAAGAUCUUCUCCGGCACCGGAUGAAACACCUGUAACACCAAAACCUGAGAGCAUUUCCCCAGAAAGAUCUUCUCCGGCACCGGAUGAUACACCUGUAACACCAAAACCUGAGAGCAUUUCCCCAGAAAGAUCUUCUCUGGCACCGGAUGAAACACCUGUAACACCAAAACCUGAGAGCAUUUCCCCAGAAAGAUCUUCUCUGGCACCGGAUGAAACACCUGUAACACCAAAACCUGAGAGCAUUUCCCCAGAAAGAUCUUCUCCGACACCGGAUGAUACACCUGUAACACCAAAACCUGAGAGCAUUUCCCCAGAAAGAUCUUCUCUGGCACCGGAUGAUACACCUCAAACACCAAAACCUGAGAGCAUUUCCCCAGAAAGAUCUUCUCCGGCACCGGAUGAAACACCUGUAACACCAAAACCUGAGAGCAUUUCCCCAGAAAGAUCUUCUCCAGCACCGGAUGAAACACCUGUAACACCAAAACCUGAGAGCAUUUCCCCAGAAAGAUCCUCCCCGGCACCUGAUGAAACACCUGUAACACCAAAACCUGGGAGCAUUUCUCCGCAAAAAUGCUCUGCUAGCAUUUCACGCUCUCUCAAGGAUUCCUCUGACAUGUCUGAGAUGCGUUCUGUGUCAGUGUCAUCUUCUGAUGCUGAGAAAAUUUCUGAUGACCUCGCUUUUAUCCUCAUGAUGAGAGUCGUCAAAAAAUCUAAAUCUAAGACCAAACAGUCUGUGUCUCUGUCAGAAGAACUACAGACGGUCAUCAACCGUCUGAGAGAUCUGAUACAGCCUGAACUAAGCAGCACAGAGUCUGCCACAAGUCUGACAAAUAACAAGAAAAAGUUCAUCAAGAAACUAGCCAAAUGCCUCAUCAAGGAGUUUGGCUCCCCAGACAAUGUCUUAAAGGCUGCAAUAGCAAAUGAUUCGUCUUUUGAUGAGGCUCUGAUAAGGCAUCUAAAAAUCCGCCUCGGAGUCAUCCCCAGUCCUCCCAAAAAGUCCAAAAUUUCCAGGUUUUUUUCAGCUGUGGGAAAAGCUCUGCGAAAACCCUUUAGGUGGUUCACUAAAGCCAGAGAUGAUUAAAAUGACCAUCCUGGCUUUUCCCCGCCGCCCUGCUUCUUUUAACAUCUUGAAGCAGAAUUUUAGCACCAAAUCCAAAUUUUAACAACUGUAGUUCGCGCCAUCUCGUCUCCUUUUGAUUUCCAUCCCCCCCAACCGGUCGCAGCGGAUGGCCGCCCUUUCUGAGCCCGGUUCCGUUGGAAGUUUCUUCCUGUUAAAGGGAGUUUUUCUUCCCCACAGUCGCCUAGUGCUUGCUCAGAGGGGGAUCAUUUGAUUGUUGGGGUUCUCUGUAGUACUGUAGGGUUUUGACCUUACAGUACACACAGGGAGGAGACUUUGUGAUUUGGCGCUUGAUUUUUAAAAUAUCUAAUUCGGCAUGAAAUAAAAAAUAUCUAAA